UACCAGUUCCUGGGAUUGGGGAUAUCCAGCAACAAUUUUUCAUUCCUCUUCAUUCAUUCAUUCUUUAUCAUAUUAAAAAGUAGAAAACUCCUUUGCUUUUUUCGUUUAUAUUAUAUAUAUAUGUUUUAGAGAGAGAGGGGGUGGAUAACAUGUAAAAAGCUAUGCGAUCGAAUUUCUGGUCCUCACCCAAUACACACGCACGACCUCUUCUUUAUUUUUAUUUUUCUUCUUUACCUUCUCUACACAUACUUUUAUCACCAUAUCAUAUUCUAUUCUAUUCUAUUCUCUUUCCAACCCCCUCUCGGCAUUCCCUCCUUUUACGCAAAACCAUCGCACGCACAGGCGCUACGAAGACAUACGACUCAUCUCUUUUCUUGUCCUUUUUUUACUAUGCAAAUAUGUGUUAUCCAGGAUAUAGUGGCGUAAUUCUUAUUGUUUAUGCUUUUAUUUAAGGGAAGGGAGGUGGGAAUUUUUGGGG